AUUGUGCACUGCAUGAUCUCCGUGAACGCACCCACAGAUUCAAGGGUUGUCCUCGAGGGCACAGCACGCAGAUUUACUUUCUCGCGAUACUUUCGUUAAGGCGUAUCAUAACAAGGAGGAAGGAAGGUGGAAGACGGUUGUGUGGCUUUUGUUUUGAAAAACUAAAAAAAAAGAAAAAAUGGAGGCGUGGAAGUUAUUUGGAUUUUGCUUGACUUUUUGCUGUUUGUUCAUCUGCAGCUCGUGUUACCCCGUUGACGGUGUUUUGGGAGAGACAGCCUCCUGCCACAAUACUUGCCAGAUGACCUACAGUUUGCACACAUACCCCAGGGAAGAGGAGCUGUAUGCUUGCCAGAGGGGUUGUCGACUCUUUUCAAUUUGCCAGUUUGUAAACGACGGAGAAGAUUUAAACCAGACCAAGGCUGAGUGUGAUUCGGCUUGUCGUGAGGCCUAUUCGCAGUCACAGGAUCAGUAUGCCUGUAAUCUUGGAUGCCAGAGUCAACUGCCAUUCGCAGAACAGAGACAGGAACAGCUGUUGGACAUGAUGCCUAGGAUUCAUCUCCUUUUUCCACUUGCCUUUGUGGGGGGAUUCUGGAAUGAUAUGAUGAGCUCAGCCCAGAGCUUCAUAACAUCUUCAUGGACAUUCUACCUUCAAGCUGAUGAUGGCAACGUAGUUAUAUUUAAGUCUGAGCCACAGAUUCAGUUUAUGCCACAAUUUGAACCACAGAAAGAGGAGCUGAAGGACACAUCAUUUGCCAGAGAAUCAUCAGAUGGACACCCAGACAAUGCAAUCUAUAAAUACGACCACAAGAAUUUCAUGCAAGAGCAAGAAAUUGGAGUGGACCCAGAUAAUAAUGUUGCUAAGGAGGACCAUAACAUAUUUAAGUGUCUUUCAAGGAAUACCUGGCUGCCUGGUUGGAUCCUGACAACUACACUAGUUCUUUCUGUGCUGGUGCUGAUCUGGAUUUGCUGUGCAACAGUAGCAACUGCUGUGGACCAGUAUGUACCAUCUGAGAAAUUAAGCAUUUAUGGAGAUCUGGAAUAUGUGAAAGACAAGAAACUAACCCCUUACCCACCAUCCUCUCUGGUUAUCAUCAGUUCAGUGGCUGAAGAAGAAGCUGGACCUUUACCAUCAAAAGUUAACCUGAACCAGUCAAACAUUUAGGAUGUACUAGUGUGGGGCUUGGCACAACUAAAUGGGCUGUCAAUGAUAACAUCUAUUAGUCUUACCAGUUUUUCUAACAGGGUUUAUGUUGUUGGGGUUAUGUUAAUAAAAUGAAUAACUGCAGCUCUGUUUUGCAUGAUCUUACUUUUUUUCCAGAAGCUUUACACUAAGAAAGGAGAUAUUGAUUGAUGUUAUCUCAGUGUAUUGAUGCAUUUUUGUUGCAUCACACAACUUAAACUAUACCAUACCUAUUCUACCUGCAGUGAUGUAAUUUUUUAUGACAUGUGCUAGGUCUUUUUAUCUAGUAUUUGAGAACCAUAAUUUACUAAUUUAUGUUGGUGUUUUGUUUAUCUUUCUCUUUUUAUAGAUAAAAAAAAAGCUGAUAACUUUUUUUUGAAAUGCUGAUGAUGACUGUGCAGAGCAUAUUAUAGAUCAGUUUGCUUGGCAUGCUUCAGUUUACUUUUCUUUACUUGUUUUGUUAAGUCAUAAUCAUCAGGGCUAGGAGCAUACUUUUAAUGAAGUUUUUUAUGGUUGCAGUUGAUCUCUGCCAAGAUAAUUGGUCAUGUGUAAAAUGCCUGUAAAACAAAUCUAAAUGUCAGACACUACCACAGGAUUAUGCAUUCUUGUACCAGCAGCUGGCAGGUGUGAUGCAGCUAUAUUAUUAGUUUAAUAUUAACUAGGUAAUCUAACCUAAAACGACUAAUACAGUGGAAUGUCUUGCAUACUUUUAUAAAACAAACAUUUCUCCUCAUUGCACUUAUGUUCACUUUCAUUUAAAUGUAUCAUAUACUUAUCUUGAGUUUAAGCUUCAAAAUGUUUGGUGAAGGACAGAAUUAAAUAAUUACAUUUAAUAAUGUUGUAUGAAUAAAAUAUUACUGUUUGGA